GUCAUCGUCCACCUCGGGUGGAGGAAAUGGGGCGUGACCGCCACUUAGGCCUACGUAGAUUCUGUACUUCCGCUCACAUUGGCCGUUGCACUUCCUGUUGGAGCAUUGGCGGACGGAGCAAGGGGGAGAAAUGCUGGCCACCAGAGUCCUUCGUCUUGUUGGCAAACGUGCCAUCGCCACAUCUGUCUGCGCACGAGGAGGACAUGGUGUUGCUAAGGUAGAGGACUACACCAUGCCUGCCUACUUUGACAGGCCGGAUAACCCCCUCCCGGAAAUCCGCUUUGUGCAGAGCCUGAGUGCCGAGCAGCAGUCCCUGAAGGAGAAGGAGAAGGGCUCCUGGGCCACACUCUCCAAUGAGGAGAAGAUUGCAUUGUACCGCAUCAGCUUCCAACAGAGCUUUGCCGAGAUGAACCAGGGAUCAGCAGAGUGGAAGUCUGUGAUUGGAGGGGUGUUGUUCUUCAUCGGCUUCACUGGGCUAGUUGUGCUUUGGCAGAGAAAGUUUGUGUAUGGACCAGUCCCACACACAUUUGACCCUGAGUACAAACAGAAGGAGCUGCAGAGGAUGCUCGACAUGAGAAUCAACCCAGUCGAGGGCUUCUCAUCUAACUGGGACUACGAAAACAAGAAGUGGAAAAAGUAAAGAACCAAGAGGACCAUAACACAUACUUGAAGACACAGGCAGACCAACUUAAAAAUACAUCAAUUAUCCACUUACCUCAGCUUCUGCAUUUGGAAGACCUCUUCCUCUUAUGGUCAUUGUGUAUUAUAGAAAUAAGAAUAAAGUUCAAAUGAUAAAACUUA